GGGGUAGGCAUACAUAUAAUAACCAUUAUUCUCGAGAUCUGCCAUUGUGGGUGGAGUCGCCGCCACGAUGCAGAUUUUUGUGAAGACCCUUAUGGGGAAGACCAUCACGCUCGAGGUUGAACCCUCGGACACUAUAGAAAAUGUAAAGGCCAAGAUCCAGGAUAAGGAAGGAAUUCGUCGUGAUCAGCAGAGGUUGAUCUUUGCUGGUAAGCAGCUGGAAGAUGGCCGUACUUUGUCUGACUACAACAUUCAAGAGGAGUCUACCCUUCAACUUGUGUUGAGACUUCGUGGUGGUGCUAAGAAAAGGAAGAAGUCUUACACCACUCCCAAGAAGAAUAAGCACAAGAGGAAGAAGGUUAAGUUGGCUGUGCUAAAAUACUAUAAGGUGGAUGAAAAUGGCAAAAUUAGCCGACUCCGUUGAGAGUGUCCUUCUGAUGAAUGUGGCGCUGGAGUCUUCAUGGGCAGCCACUUUGACAGGCAUUACUGUGGCAAGUGUUGUCUGACGUACAGCUUCAACAAACCAGAAGACAAGUAGUUGUGUAUGAGAUAAUAAAAACCAGGAACUCAAAAAAAAUAACCAUUAUUCUCUAAUAUUCUCCAUUAUUCUGUGAUCUUGCCUGUAGAUGUGAUGAACUCCCUUCCCAUGGUGGGCUGCAAAUGUAAGCUGAAUAAAUGCUAAAUGCUUUCUCUCUAAUUUCUUGUCGGAACAGUUUAUCAUAGCAAGGAAAAUAGAACUAGAGCAUUGCUAAGAGCACCAUGAUUUCAAAUUCAAUUCCCCCAGCCUCACUACACAAUCUCUGAGUGCUUCC